CAAGGGCGGUGGUCGAGAGGGACAAAAGUUGGUCGGCAUCUUCAUUGAAAAUUUGCGGGGUAGUACUCAAGGGGAACCUGCAACUGCUGGAGUUUAGCCACAAAAAAGGGUUCCAUGCAUCGCUACCGCCGCGGCUUGGAAUUUCUUCCAAGCAAGUACAGAUCCGGACGAUAUUACAGCAGUUCUUCGGUGGAUUUUGACAAACUCUUGCAUCUUUAAGGAGAAAACGAACGUAACGAAGGAAAUGCGGAUGGGCAGUCAAUUCACAACAAAUUCCGCCCAACUCUAAUUACGGUUGGCUACCCCUGAGUGGGCGAAUGGAAAUAAUGCCAGAGGAUAUUAAAAAUUGACGAAAAUGGGCAGUUUUCAGGUGAGUCCGCAGAGUUAUGAUAUAAAGCGGUCAUGACAACCGAUCCGAUCAGUGGGGAGCCUCAGCACGCAUCGAAGAACUAGAUAAUAAGCGGAAUAAUCGUCCGAAUAAAUGUUUAAUUUCUUUCCAAUGACCAAGAUUCUAACUAAACUUAACGGAAACAAUAAUUCGAUUAUAGUUCCAUAUCAACUCAAAUCAUCGUAAAAAAAAUAUGUUGCUCAAGACAAACAACCGAAUUUCGAAUUUAAAAAAUAUCGGUAGUUAUCUUUUAUGGACUCCUUGCAAGAUAGGCGAUUGAUAAAACCGCACGAAAGGUAUUUAAACUAGCAAGUGAGUUUUUCUAUCGAUUGUUACGUGUUGCUUUCGUUACACUUGGGUACAACGAAAAUCGAGUAAAAAUGGCUCGUUUGACAGCCUUUUUGGGUUUAAUGUUGAUUUUGAGCUGCGGGACAAUUUGUUCCUCUGCUCUUACACCAUUUUCCUUGGAAGACAAACUGCAAGAAUUAGAAGUGAGACUAGAAGCCAAAAUUGAGGCUAAAAAUGCUCAACUUGAAGAAAAGGUGACACAACUGGAGGCGCAACUCGAACUAAAUAAUGAACUAAGACAAGAUUUGACAUUGAAAGUAAUACAAUUAGAGGCCAAAAAUGUUCAACUGGAAGUCAAAAUUCAGGACCAAGAAAGAAUUGUAACUUCCCUGUUGGAAGCAGCUGAACUUCCGGUUUCCACUGAUUCAAAAUUAUUUCCGGUGAAAAAAGAAAUUUCAAUUCGAUCAACUGGAAAGAGCGGAAUCCCAAGGACAUGCCGAGAACUUCGUGCGGUCGAUCCUUCACUUUCAUCCGGAAUGCACUGGAUCGAUCCGGACGGACAAGGUGUUGGCGAUGACCCAAUUUACGUUUACUGCGAUAUGACAUCAGGAUCGACCUCAGUUCUACACGAUAGUGAAUCUUCUUUAAAUGUUGGCCACUGCGCCGAGGCUGGGUGCUAUUCACGUUCCAUCAACUACAAUUCGUCAAUGGGACAAAUAAAAGCUUUGAUGGAAUUAUCCACUGAAUGCCGCCAGUCGAUUAGAUACGACUGCAACUUUGCCCCAUUCGAGUUAUAUGGCGUCGCCUAUUCCUGGUGGAACGACAGAGAAGGAAUUCCGCAAUACUUUUGGGCCGGAAGUAACACGGACGGAGUUCACACCUGCCAGUGCGGAAUUGAUGCAAAUUGCGUCGAUCCUGCGGCGAAAUGCAAUUGCGAUUCUCUUGCACCACUUCAAUUAGUCGACGACGGUGUCAUUACCGACAAAACUGUCCUGCCCAUCUCUCGUUUGAAUUUUGGCAGAACUCAACUAGAAACUUCAUCCGGCGUCCACACGCUUGGCCGACUCGUGUGCACCGGAUUAGUGACUUUGACUGGACUGCCAAAGUCGUGCAAAGAUUUGUGGUUGAUUGGCCACACCCUGAACGGAUUUUAUUCCGUCAUGGGAUCGGCGAAAAUGGAAUCCGUUUACUGCGAUUUCACUAAACUCCCCGAUGAUCCAGAUUUCCAGAAAUGGAUCGGAUACGCCGACGUCAAAUCGGCGCCCGUCCAUUUUUUCGUCGCGAGAAAUUCUUCAUUUAACACAACUGGAACUCCGAUUCCGUUCGAAUUGGAGGUGGCGAACGAGGGAAAUGCCAUGGAUUUGGCAUCCGGGAUAUUCACGGCACCGCGGCCGGGAAUUUAUUUCUUUUCUUUCACGGGACUUGGGAAUCUUCAAUCUUCAUCUUGGGCUUCGUUUUCUUCUUAUCUUUAUUUGAACGGGCAUAUAAUCGGGUCGAGUUAUGUUCAAGAGGCUAAAGGCCCCGUUGAUCAAUUGAAUCCGUUGACCCUGCAGUCGACGCUGAACUUAAAAAUAGACGAUCAAGUCUUUGUGAUGAUUUUCGGACAUUCAUCGUAUUUGUUUGACGACAGUCGUCACUUUACUCAAUUCACGGGUUUCAUGUUGGAGGAGGAAAUUGUGGCGUCACUUUGAGGUGCAUCCAUAAUCGGCAACACGAACAUUUGGGGAAGGGAAUUUUAAGGAAAAAGGCAAGAUAAUUCGUUCGACUCCAAUGCAUCAAGGGGUGCACAUUUCUUUAUUAAAAUUAAACUGUGGAUGCAAUUACAAUUACUGAAUACAUUAAUCAAGUUUGAAUUU